CCGCUCCAUGUGCAGGUUGGGUUCGGAGUGGAUAUGGUCCUGUUAGUGUGGUGUGGGCCAUCAUUCCCGUCCUUGGUGACUACGCGAGGUGCCUGAAUGGGAUCACCAUGACGACGGGCCGAGUGAAGAAAUGGAAUCGUGAGGCAUUGCUGGGAGAUGAGCUGAUGGCUGCCACAGUGGGUGAUGUUAAUUGGCUGCGACUGAGUCUGAACAAGGCAAAAGGCAAGGUCGCAGUGGAUCCGAAUGGUUACAAUGCGGUUCACUUGGCUGCUCUGAAUGGGAGGCUGGAGUGUCUGAAGGUGCUGGUGGAGGAUUACCAGAUGGAUGUGAAUCUUGCCAACCCAUUGGGAUGGAGCCCCAUCCAUCUGAUCCUUAACAAGGAAUGCCAAUUCCGAGCACUGAAAUGCCUGCAGUAUCUGCUCCAAAUUGGGGCAGAUCCAAACGUUCAAACAAACGAAGGGUUGACCCCACUUCACCAGGCAGCUGAAGUUGGGUUACUUGAUUGUGUCAUGGCUUUGGUAGCAGCUGGAGCUGACGUGAAGGCUAAAGACUCCAGGGGACACAGACCAAUUGACUUGGCCAAGGUCUAUGGGCAUCGUCAAUGUGCAAGGUAUUUGUCCAAUGUCAUGUGGGAGGUGAGCCAGGCUGAGCUUUUCAAGCAAAUGGGGAAGCUGCAGAAACUGAAGCUUGUCCUACUGGACAAUGAGAAACAACAGGCUGAAAUCCACCAGGGAGAGAUGGAAUCCAUUGCUGAUGAGUCCUUCAGACUGUGGCUGGACAGGAAGCAACUCGCCAACGUUCUGAGGCUAUCGAGCAGCUUUAUCAGACCGCGGCGGACAGCGGCCGAUCACGUGACCAGUCAGCUGAGGGAGUCGGUGAAGGUCGAAGGGAGGGCCAGCGACUGGGACAGUUACAAACUGGUGCCCUCCACCAAACCGACAGGGCCUUGCCAUUCCAGGGGGAGGGGAACGGAAAGCGCCCAGGACUGGGAGAAGAGAAAGGCCCACCCAGUUCCAGACCCGAAAAGCAGGACCUGCUCCACCCUCCGCCAGGGCGUGUGCUGGCCAAAGCCAGUUUGGAACCCCAGCACCAAUCUCUCUUCGCCGCCCACGGCUGACACCUCCAGACAGCGAGGGGGCGAUGAGCAGCUCAACAUGAACCUAACGCUGCAGCAGCAUGACUUUGGGAUCUUGUACAAGUUGGCGCGGAGCCAGCACGGCCAGCAUAUGCUGAAAACCAAGGUUGGCCAUAAGACCUGGCCGUUACCCAGCCUGCCCCUGGACACGAUCAAGCAACAACUGUUCCCCCAUUGCGUUUACCAUCGAAUACGGAUUCCUGAGGAAUUCAUGGCGGUCGACGUCCUCAGACUUCCCAAGAAGGGGCAUGUGGUCAAGGACAAGGCUGAGGUAGACAUGUGCCUGAGAGAGUGGGUGGAGCCAGACACGUGGCACAUCACGUGUUCCCACUGCACCCACCCAACGGGGUCGCCCAGCCCCACAGCGAGGACCAGGACAGUGCAACUCUCACACCACCGUGACUUACUCCGAAUGACCACAGAAUGCUACGGCAUCAAUCCCACCACGAGAGACAGCACUCGCUCGGCCCAGUCAGACUCCCAGUCCGAAGACAAGAGCCCCACGGUACAGGGAGGGAGUGCUGCCCAGCCGCAGGAGGAACGACACCACAUCGAGCCCUGUAAUCUCUGAGGGGGAACAUAAACCACCCAAGACCAUGUGUCAGAACAGAGUGAGAACUUCUUCCUCCACCGCCUGUUCACUUCUGCUAUUGGGGAAACUCACGACACAUGUAACGUCCCAACCAACGUCCCACAUUCCCCCCAUCACACACACUACACCCAUUUAAUCCCCUUUCCCCAGCCCGGUGUCCACUCUGUAUGAAACAGUCCGAGUGUCAGCACCUCCAAGGAGAUAAUGAGAUUCCUCCAUGUUUAGUCAGGCCCCAAACCUGAAAGCAGUGGAGAGGUCAGCGUCAGCGAGUCAGAACGUUUUCAGUGUUUGAGCACACUCUCCUUGGUGAAUGGUUAAUUGCUAACUGAAACAUUGAGUUUAUAAACCUAUAGGACAUUCCCAUCAGUUCUUAGUAGAAUCUGUGCAACUGCAGUCUGUCCCCUUUCUGGUAUCACUCCGUACAGCACGCAUUCUUAAAGAUGGCAUUUUUCCUGAAUUCCUUCAGAUUCCAAUAGGAUAUGAUCAUGUGACUGGAUUCAUGACGAGUCCAGGAAAUUUAAAUUCCGUUAAACACACCUGGAACUUGGAGGUACAAAGCUGACUUUAGUGAGCAUGAAAUGACAGGUUAGUGUGAAAAUCCAUCCACUUUGCUUACAUUGCCUGUGGAGGGAAAGCUGCCAAAGCCCACAAUCUCCUCUGAAACAGCUGCUCAAGUAACAUCUAAACUAGCAUGGUGGUUCAGACUCAGCCGCAGGACGGGGAUCACCGGCAUAUGCAGGCCAAGCCUGAAUC